CGAUUGGUCGGUCGAGUUUGUCAUGAGAGACUCCGGAUGUCGAAUGUGCUAAGGAGAAAUUUUGUUUUCUGCUACUCAUUCUGACAGCUCCUCUGUUACCGGGAUGCCGACGGAGCUGAAUACAGCACAUCACACUUUCAACUUUUGUCUGUGACCGGGAAGAAAUCCUCCUGGGAUGUAACAUGGACAGAGACGGUCAUCCAGACGGAGAGGCAGAGGCAGAGGGAAUGAACAUUUGUCGUCCACUCAAGGAAACCAUUCCGUCUGCCGACACCUUGGCGACUUCGCUGUCCCUCCUGGGGAACCAUAUGUUUUCUUAUCCAGUGGAGCGGGACGACGGCGCCACCUCUGACCAACAGGAGCCUCCAGAUUCGUACCUGUCACAUGUUACAGUGCACGAUGAGCGUCCAGAUGAAGAGCCGGACUCUAACCACAGAGAGAGUCCACAGACGGAGGACAUGGACAACUCCGACUGUCACAGCAAUGACUCCAGGACGGCUGACGGCGGAACCAAGGAGGACGUUGUCGACAUCGAUCAGAGCGACUCCGGGGAGUUUGUGGUGACGAUGCUGGCCAAAGCCAAGCUGGAGGAACAAGGUAUCGGUGUGAAAGGAAGGUCGUCCCCCCUGUUGGAGGUGGGCACCGAGGAAACCCCCGCCUUUAUGUCUCACCGCGAUGAGGACGUGACGGCCGACAGCUGGCGGGAGCACAGGAAACACGUCUUUGUUCUGAGCGAGGCGGGAAAACCUAUUUACUCUCGAUAUGGCAGUGAAGAAGCUCUGUCGUCCACAAUGGGAGUCAUGAUGGCGCUGGUGUCCUUUGUACAGAGUGGUGACAACAUCAUUCGCUCUGUGUAUUCAGAGGGACACACUGUGGUCUUCUUACAGAAAGGCCCCCUAGUGUUGGUGUGUGUCUCCAGCAGUCGGCAGUCUGAGGAGCAGCUGCGUGGAGAGCUGCUCUACGUCUACUACCAGAUCAUCAGCAUGCUCACUCAGGCCAGCAUAUCCCGCAUCUUUGAACACAAGAAGAACUACGACCUGCGGAGACUCCUGGCGGGGUCGGAGAAGAUCCUGGACGGCCUCCUCAACCUGGUGGACUCGGACCCCAGCUUCCUGCUGGCGGCCAUACACUGCCUGCCCCUAGCCUCAUCUCUCAGGGACUCGCUCAGUCAGAUCUUGCAGAAAGCGAUCACGCCCAACCUGGUUUUCUCCAUCCUCAUCGCAAAGAACCAGCUGCUCACCAUCGUCCAAGAGAAAACCGUCAUCGAGGACACCAGGCUGGAACCGGCCGACGUCCACCUCCUGUUGAACCUCAUCGGCGCCUCCUCUGCCUUUCAGGCGGGGGAGAUCUGGACUCCCAUCUGCCUCCCCCUCUUUAACCCAGACUGUUACUUUUACGCCUACAUCUCCUACCUGGACCCUCCAGAGUGCACCGUUUGUCUGCUGCUGCUCUCCACCGACAAGGAGGCCUUCUACGCCGUGGCCGAGUGCAAGAGGAAGAUCGAGGAGGCCAUGUUGGCCCAGAACUCCCUCAGCCUCAUCGCCAAAGCCCAGUCGUACAGUGUGAGCCAGGUGGGCGUCUCAGACCUCCGACACUUCAUGUACAAGCCCUUCGAUGUGCCAGACAACCACCGCCAGCUCACGCAGUUCACCAGCCCAGAGAUGGAGGCGCCGUACAGCAGCGAGGAGGAGAAAAUGCGACUCCUUGACCUUUACCGCUACAUGCACAGCCGCAUCCACAGCACGUCACGGCCCCUGAAGCUCAUCUACCACGUGGCAGAGAGGGAAACCCUACUGGCCUGGGUCACUAGUAAAUUUGAGCUGUACACCUGCUUCAGUCCUCUGGUCACCAAGGCCUGUGCCAUCACAGCCAUCACUAAACUGCUGAGGUGGAUCAAAAAGGAGGAGGAGCGCCUCUUCAUCAGAUACCCCCCCAAAUACUCCACCACCCCAAAUCCUAGCAAGAGCUCACGGGGGGGCAAAUCAGACCAGCAGGACUCCACAGAUAACGGGUUCCUGUCUCUACUAUAGGACCGGUGUGUCUGGGACCGGUGGCUCCGCCCUCUUCACCACCGUACACUGGUUCCUACAGUUUGUUUUGACUCGACAGAAACUGAAAACACUACGUCUGACACUUUUUCAGGAGGAGUGACUUCUUAGAAGCCAAACGUCUUUUACUUUCUCCAACAGGACGGCAUGACAUGCAUCACUACUUUCCCCCGAACCGUCGGGGCCAAACAGCAUUACCGUAUUUCACCUAAAUAAAGCUGCAUCUGAAAUUCCAAUUUAUAUAUAUUUAUACACACACACUACCAUAUUUUCUGGAAUAUAAGUCGCUCUUUUUUUUCAUCCUUUGGCUGGUGCAAUUUAUACUCCAGAGCGACUUAUAAUCUGGGAUAUCCAGUGUGUAUAUAUAUAUAUAUUAGUUUAUAUUCUGAUUAAACAGAACGUGGAUUAAAUUCAGUGCAGCUUUAUUUCCCAGAAAUCCUGUCGUCUGUUUGAACUGAACUGUGGUUAAAUAUAUUUGCAAUUGUAUGUAAAUGUUUUUAUAGUUGUUUUAAUACUGCAUCUUAUUAGAACAGUUCUCCUCACAGACCACGAAUGUAUUACAGACGAUUGGUCAAUCAUGUUGAUGACAUCACAGACGGGUCAGACCAGGACAAAAACUACCUUUCUCUUCUAAUGUUACAGUAGCUGAUGCACUAGUUAGACCUGGUGAACAACUGGAACUGCCCCAGGGUGGCGCUGUUGUCAUGUGACGCAGCAGGUCACACAGAGGUCACACAGGGGUCACAGGCUGGGGCUCUGACAAGCCACACACCCCAGCACUAUUUAUGUCCCAUUGAAGCUUCAUUUAUUUUACAGGUUGAUUAGAAAUUAAAUGCACAACCCCCCCUGCACCCCCCACCCCCCUCCAAUUAUCUCAGUGAUUUUAACUGUCACCACUCUGGGGGGUGUUGUCUGACAAAGACGCCCCCAGUGAUGCUCUACAGCAGAUAGUUCUAGUUGGUGGACACCAGGGGGUGCAGUGAGCGAGUUUGACUUUGAGGUACUUUUCCUUUUGGAUGAACAGUUUUGUGAAGAUGGUCGAUGAGAACGGUCGGAUCUCUGUGUCGGUCGACUCAGUCCGACUCAGUCUAAGUCUUAAGGAAUAUAUGUCUGCGGUUAAAUAAAUAAAUAAUCACCUGGUUAAACAAA